AUGAAAUUAUUUCUAGCCAAUCACACAUUCAACUACCCCUGGGAUCAAGUCACCUCUGCCAAUUGGCAAAAAUACCCCAACGAGUACUCAACACAUGUGGUAUCAGUGGAUGUAUUAGACAGAAGAUUAGUCAAUGAUCAUACACUACGUACUGAAAGACUAAUUGGAUGUAAACAGUCAAUUCCUAGAUGGCUUUCCUUCCUAGUAGGGGGUGCAAAUCUUAGUUAUGUGCGUGAAGUAUCAGAAAUUGAUUUGCAUGACAAAACGUUGGUGAUGAAAUCAAUGAACUUGACGAUGAACCAUCUACUAUUGGUAAAAGAAACAGUUAUUUACAAUCCAGAUUUAGAUUUGCCUUCACACAAGACAACUUUCAAUCAAAGCGCAGAGAUUACUGCUUUUGCUGGAGUAUCGAAGUUGUGUGACAAGUUAGAACACUGGAGUGUGGAAAGAUUUGGUCAAAAUGCUCAAACAGGGAGGUUGGCUUUUGAGAGUGUUUUAAACCGAUUAACUGAAACUAAGAGCCACAACUAA